AUUCCGGAUCUCUCUAUGUUUAUAAGAAAACAAAUCAACUCACUCAUUUAAAUCCUCCUCCUUGGUCCCCUCAUUUCUCUCAUUAUAGCCUUUGCAUAAUAAUAUUUAAAUAAAUUUAACAAAUAUUUUUCUUCCAUACUUUCCUUCUUAGGUCAAUUAAAUCAUCUCACAAAAACUGGAAAAAUUCAAAGAAAAAAUUCAUUUUUCUUUACAAAGAAGAUGAUGAGCAACAACAAUUUUUCAGACAAAAUGGAGAGAUGUCAACAAUAUAUUGAUGCUCUUGAACAAGAAAGAACAAAAAUUCAAGUUUUCUCUAGAGAACUUCCACUUUGUCUUGAACUUGUUACUCAAGCUAUUGAAACUUACAAGCAACAAUUAUCUGGUACAACAACAGAAUACAACCUUAAUGCACAAUCUACUGAAUGUUCUGAUGAUGAACAUACAUCUAGUGAUGUUCCUAUUUUGGAAGAAUUUAUUCCAUUAAAAUCCACAUUUUCUCAUGAAGAUGAAGAUGAAGAUGAGAAUGAUGAAGAAAAUCAAUCUCAUAAAUCAAAAUCUUUUAAUAAUAACAAUAAUAAUUCUACUAGUUCUAAGGAUGCAAAAAAUAAAAAAUCUGAUUGGCUUAGAUCUGUUCAGCUUUGGAAUCAAACUUCAGAUCCCACCCCAAAAGAGGAAUUAACACCUAAAAAGGUGUCGGUUGUAGAAGUGAAGAAAAAUGGAAGUGGAGGAGCAUUUCAUCCUUUUAAGAAAGAGAAAAACACGGUCGCCGCCGUUGAAACAACGCCAGCUCUGGCUGGCGUUGUGUUGGCGGCGACAGGUAGUUCCACCGCGGAGAAUAGCGGUGGAAGUAAAAAAGAGGAUAAAGAUGGACAAAGAAAACAAAGGAGGUGUUGGUCUCCAGAGUUGCAUAGAAGAUUUUUACAUGCCUUACAACAACUAGGUGGCUCUCAUGUUGCUACACCAAAACAAAUUAGGGAGUUAAUGAAGGUGGAUGGACUUACUAAUGAUGAAGUUAAGAGUCAUUUACAGAAAUAUCGAUUACACACGAGAAGACCUAGUCCUUCAUCAAUUCACAACAACAACAACCAACAACCACCACAAUUUGUGGUCGUCGGAGGAAUAUGGGUCCCACCACCCGAAUACGCCUCGAUGGCCGCUGGUGCUCCAGCGGCCUCGGGCGAAGCAUCGGGAGUUGCCAACUCAAAUGGAAUCUAUGCACCUAUUGCCACUCAUCCAAAGGGUCCACUCCAUGAUCAUGUAUCGGGUGGAACCCUAAGGCAGCACAACAACAAGUCGUCGCGCUCAGAACGUUCCUCUGAGCGCGACAGAAGCCACAGUCACUCCGACUGUGGCGGUGUGCAUUCUAAUUCUCCGGCAACGUCCUCUUCUACACAUACAACUACUGCUUCACCAGCUUACUAAAAAAAAUGUGUAGAUUUUUUAUUUAUUUAUUUUUGUAAUAUAUUUUAAUUUUUCCAAUUUUCUACUAUAAAUGUUAGAAAGUCAUAUAGAGUUGAUUUUUCGGUCUUGUUAGAAAAAAAAAAGCUUAUCGUAUUUA